AUGGCGCGCCGCUCUCUAGUUGACUACUUCCAUCGCUUCACUGUCCUAGGCCUCGUUGGGCUUGCUGGAUGGGGUCUCUGGCUUACAGGUGCUGUCUAUGUGAGCCGUAUCGGUACCACGGAACGCAUUCCGUACGGCAACCCUGAGCGUGAGACAAUGACACAGGCGACCGAGCGCAUCAUUUCCACAUGGAAGGAGUUUACCAAGCGCCAGCAGGAGAAGAAGGCCGACGAGGCGAAGCAGGUGUAA